CAUAUUUACACCAUCCUAACAUCAUAUUCAGGGCAAUGGGAAUUCGUGAAGAAGGGUGAACCGCCAGUGGUUGGUAUUACCAAGCUGGACGGGAUUACAUUGGAAGAUUUAAAGAGACCAAGACGAAAGGUCCCAGCCGAGUCGAUAAAACCAGCUCCACCCACGCCAGGCUCAGACGGUCCACGGACACCCUUAGAUCUCCCCUAACUACGAGAUCUUGUAUAAUGUAUAACUAAGUUAUAAGAGACAAUCAAGUCACUCUCGAUGUCGUAUUUAUGUCUGGGUUAUAGACCACGGGCAGAGAAAAAAGGUUAUCUACACUUAUCGUGUAAGUGGUAUGCAAGUGGCACUUGCCGUGAGGUGUGCCCAUAUCUAUCUACCUAGGUACCCGGGUAUAUAUAAUGAAGAAGUUGCGACACAAAUUAUACCUUAGGUGCUUGUAGGCCCCUCACCUCCCAAUUCGCUCUUCCCAGGGUCUUUAUGUUUCGUUACUUCCCAUUCUAUAUACUCCAAGGUUGAAAUCCACAACCCAAUUUAUGUUUCUAUGGUAUAAUCCGUCUCCUCCUAUCACAAACCUACUCAUAUAAUACCAUCAAACAUUACCUUUUGACUCGGUUCGAUGCUACUCCCUACAUGUGUAGAUAUCUAUUAGUCAUGUUAUGUUCUUAGAUGUGUAUAGCAUCAAUUUUACCCUUGGAACGGAAAGUUUCCUGAACAAGUUGAGCCAUAUGUUCUACUAUGGCCGACCAUACUGAGCUUGAGCUCAAGACAUUCGAACUGUCUAGCGCAGAAUCCGAUUCCUCCUUAUCCGUAACUUCUCUUGCGUUAAUAUCAGACGUACCAUCCUCUCAAUAUUCCUCUGAGAAGCUUUUUCAGUCAAUUCAGUCAAAAGAGCUAUGGCUUAUUUCUCCCGGUAUAUGCAGAAUGCAAAUCAUAGUAGUGCGGAAUCCGGUAUCCUUGGUACUAGGAGAAACUGAGCCUGGAUUUCUGGAACAUCUAGCAGAUGUGAUCUGUCAAUGCCCACUUUGGCCUGCCCUUGGCCUUGCAAUUAAACAAGAAGACAUCCAAUACCAACCGCUAUACGACGGAGCCCCAAAUCUCUAUUUCAUUAUCGAACAUCUACAAAAGUCAUCUGUACUCCUUUCACCACCGCACAGUCCCACUGCUCGUCUAUAUGGGAUAGAGUGCCUAUUCCAAUACCAAACAAGUAAUUCGGACGUAUCUAAUAUCGACACUAACGAAUCUAACAUAUGCGAUCUCGAUAUAGAUGACUAUCAUCUCGAACCGGCUUCACAACCGCAAGCGCCAGACCUAACCAAUGACACUUAUGGGAGCGCAGUCUAUAAUUAUUACUAUUGGGAAGAUCCAAUUCUGGAUAUUUUCGCCAGACAUUCUCGACAACGAUGGAACGAUGCAGGCCGCUUGGCUCAGAUGGCGUUAUAUGUAACUAUUGGCAUAAGGAAACGUAUGCGCGGCUUGCGAGUAUUCCAGCUGGAUGAUCGACCCUCAUUACUCGAACUAGCCCCUGCUAUCUGGAACGCUCAUUAUCUCAAGGCGGUGACGCACCACGCGGCCAAUAUCCCCAUUAUUUCGAGCAUUCUGGCUGCACAAUCCCGAAACCGAUCGGCAUCUUUACGGGAAAAAAGUAAAAGGUUGCUAAUAGAUGUAGAUAACACCCUUAGCAAUAAGCCCUCUACCAGCACAGAGGGCGAAGCCGAACUAAACACCUACCGAUGUUCCAUUCAACAAAGGCUUUGGGAUUUAGUGCAAGCAAAACUAGAACCGACUAUUCGCAUCAAGAAUGCUAGUAUAAAUAUCGAUGCACAACAGCGUGAAAACAUCGAUUGGCCUUUCGAGAUAGCAUCUUCGAGCAUGGGCUCUCUUGAGGAGUCUGAUAGUGGCGAUUGUUUCUACAUCUUGGACAGAACUUCGAGUCAGGAUUUCGACUUCGAUAGCGCCUACGACGAGGAUCAGUUAUUAUAUCAACUCCAAGAGCCUCUAGAGGGAGAUCAUAGUAACCAUCCCGACGCAACAGCUCAAUAUGAGCAGUGGCAGCACGGGGACCCGGACAUAAGGGUCGCCAACGAAGGCUCCCUCGCAGAAGUCAUUGACAGCAUAGAGGUAGAAUCCGGCUAUUUACCAGGUGGUAGUCUUGAGGAUGAUUCUCUUAUUCAAUCUUCAAAUUUGUUAGAAUUACGAGGCACUUCAACUGCCCGACAACACAUUUCUGGCGAUUUUAGUGACUCGAUUGUGGACGUCAACGAUCUACACGCAUCCAACUAUGUAUACGGCGUUGAGGGCAUUUGCAAUUCUACAGAUGAGUUGCCAUAUAACACUCGACAUGCGCUCUGGGACGAUAUGCAACAACACAUGUAUAAGAGCAGAGAUGGUUACCCCUGUGAGAUAGAUGAAAGAGUGAUAGACCAAAGCCAUGAGCUCAGAGAGGAACAACAAGUUCUCAGGAUAUAGAUAUGUAUUGACAAUAUUGAUAGACCAUAUAACCGAGUAAAUACGCAAUAAUUAUGAGUGCUAGACGCGGCCUGCUGUCGUCGAAGCGUCUCUAGAUGCUAUCCUUAUCGUUCUGUUCUACCCUUUCGCCCAAACACUAAACA